AUGAUGUCGCCCCGGCGUUUACAGCGCCUCGAGAUCAAACCUCCGAUGUCGCCUAUAGAGCAUGGGACUCUUACCUCGAGGCCCAUGCGGAAGGCCUUGGGAGUUCUCUGUAUCUUGUUGGUGUUAUGGCUGGUGUUUGUAACCAGAUGGGAGACCGUCGACUUGGGGAGCAGCACAUAUCAGAGUUAUACCAGACUGCGUAUAAGCGAAGGUUCGGCUCCACAAUGGGUUGGCGGUGGUGCUGUUGUGCCAUCUCCUGAUGGUGACCAGGAGAACCGAGAUCAGGACGGUGGCGACAGCAAAGGAGGUAAAAGCUUGCUGCGCCCGAUACCAGAUGUGAUAAGGAUAUCAUUCGAGGAAGCUGUGCAAGACAUCAAGCUGGACGGCUGGGAAGAUGAGUGGUUUUCGUCGGCCAACUUUGAUGCUGGACGUGAAGGGCCGUUGCCAGAACCGAAGAUUGACUUUGUCUAUAACUGGGUCAAUGGUACUGAGGAUGCUUUCAAGUCGAUCCGGCAUAGCUUUGAGGUGCAGUCGCCCUUGAAUGAUGCCGCUGGCAACUGGAUUGCUCAGCACAGCAUCAAUCGCUAUCGCGACUGGGACGAACUGAAAUACUCAAUGCGCAGUCUGGACACCUACGCCAAGGGAUUCAUCAACAAAAUCCAGAUUCUGGUCAAUUCAGUGAGCAGCAACUCAAAAUAUCACCCCGACGGUACAGACAUGUACCCGCAACGACCGACAUGGUUGAAGAACGAUACCCCAACGAACAACUUUGUCCAGAUCCUCCCCCACGAGUCAUUUUUCGAAGAGGCUGGCAAACAGUGUCUACCGACUUUCAACUCGUUGUCCAUCGAGUCGCAGAUUCAUAUGACUCCAUCGACCACCGAUCGAUUGGUGGCAAUGUCGGACGACAUGUUCUUAGGGAUGCCACAUGCGCCCUCGGACUUUUAUUCUCCUCUGUUUGGCUCAGUGAUGGGUUUCAAGCCGGACAGCUAUAACGUCAAGAAGCUGGGCAGUCAACCCACAUUUGGCGAGAAACCCUUCGCAUAUUACACCUCAUAUCUGCUGAACCACAGAUUCGGGCAGCGAGCUCGAAAGGUUCAAGCUCACUUCGGCCACUCGGUUUCACGCGCUGUUAUGAAAGAGACCAUGAGCUCUUUCCCGCAACCUUCGAAUAAAGGGACCUGCGAGCGUUUCCGUGGAGAAUCACACUUCCAGAUUUAUCCCUGGUACGCAAGUUUCCACUACACCAUUGAGCGCUUCCGAGAGGCCCUGCUGUGGUCUUUCAUCAUGUCACGCUCCGAUGCCAACUCAGAUGGAUACCUCGACUGGAAAGAGCGCCAAAACAUUCUCGAAACACUCGAGCCAGGGUGGCGCCAGCUCUCGACCAAGGAUUCUUCGAAACCGGCGACUCAGGCUGCGAACCGAGAGAGGAUGUUCUACAAGGUGCCCGAGAUCCUCCAGAAGGCUGGUCUGCAACCUCCCAAAGUCAAUAUGAACAUUUUGUGGACAUCAUUGGACGGUCCCGAGACAAUCAGAAACAGCAAGUGCCAUGACUUCAAUGUCGAUAAGUGUUUUGCCGAUUCUUUCGGCUCGCCUGUUUCUGAUGCCACAUCACCGAACCCGGAUUUCUCUGCAUCCAAUGUCUUCUCCCGCCUCUCGUCGCAGCAUCCCGAGUGCGGCGAUUGCCUAAUCAAGUUCUUGCUAGCCUCGACGCCUCGCGGCCUGGAGCCUCUGCUACCGCCGAAGUCAACGAAGCAACAUGAUCGCCAGGUAAUAAUCAAGGCGUUGAAGAAGUAUCAACACACAGUUGUAGAUACCGAUGCUAUGAAGUUCGUUAUGGUCAAAGACGCAGAGCAAGCACAGAUGGAGCUGCUUGACCGGACGAUUCGCCAAGGCAAGACCUACGGACAGUGGUGCCUUAACGACGAUGUAAUGACGGAAAGUGCGGAACAAGUCGGGCGGGUUCAAGAUGUCAUGAAGACAGUAUUCAAGACUUUGUGGCCCGAAAAGGGGAGAUGGGAAAAGGACAACUAA